CGCGUGGAAAUUUAAUUGAGAAGCAGACAUGAACAGCUUUUCCCGAGGAGGUAGACUGGAAGUAAACGACGAAUAUCGACGGUAGUCUACGCGAAAAGUCUUUUUCCCUUUCAAGUCGGGUUCUUCGCGUAGUGUCACCUACAGGACGGAAAAGCGAGCAAACAUCUGCAGGAGGCCGGGGAGUCCCUCAAGGUCGUCGACUGCGCUUGAUGUGCCACAGCGGAUUCCAGGAAUUCAUUCUUCACUGUUCAUAUACCCGAGGCGUCCACUAUGUCUCCAUCCGCCACUCUACCGUCGUUUGAGGAAAUUGCUUCUCUUCCUAAGAUCGAGCUGCAUGCCCACCUCUUCGGAUCCAUCCGCGUGCCCGUUCUGGAAGAGAUACGACAGAGGGCAGCCGAGGAGCAUAAGCAAACGACGGAGAGUUGCUACGGGGCGAAUGCAGAUGAGGCAGCUGCGAAUGUCGCUCGGAUCGAGGGAAAGUGCAUCGACAUAGGGGACGCGUUCGCAUAUUUUUCGGCCGUCUACGAAAUUGUACGGCGAAAGGAUGACAUCGUUUACGCGCUUCGGAGGGUCCUUGAAGAUUUCAGUCAAGAUAACGUCGUCUACCUAGAACUGCGGACAACCUUGAAAACGAUUCCGGAAGAAGGGAUCGACCCUGACAACUACGUGGCCUUGCUAGUUGAGGAGCUGAAGUCUGCUGAGAAGCAGUACCCGAUGAUCGUACGCCUCAUUCUCUCCUUGAACCGUAGUCGGCUGACAAGCGAAGUCGAGACGCGCGAAGAAACUGUCAAGAUUCUCGAUCUGGUGGCGAAAUAUCCGGAGUGGAUUGUCGGAGUGGAUAUUGCCGGCGAUCCUCGCAAAGGAAACAUCUUGCCUGCCUUGGAAGUGCUCGAAAAAGAGGUGAUGAAUCCAAGUGGCGCGCACCACGGUAAACUCAAGGUCACAGUGCACACGUCGGAAGUGGAAGGUUCGGAGAAGGAGACGAAAGCUGUGUUGAAGCUGGCACCUCACCGUAUCGGUCAUGGGUGCUACCUGGCUGUUGAUCAAAGGGAGUUUCUCCUCAAGGAAAAAAUCUGCGUCGAGAUUUGCCCCUCUUCAAACAUGUGCACACUCAACCUGAGAGAUUUGAAAGACCAUCCUUUUUCGUACUACUACGGCAAGAAAGUGCUCUCCAACGCCGUUUGCAUCUGCACUGAUGACAUUGGUCUCUUUGAUACAUCACUUUCGAAGGAACUUCAUGUUCUUAGCCAGGCGUAUAACCUUUCUCUAUCCGAUGUUAUGGACCUUCAGCGGUCUGCGUUGGCGGCUGCUUUCUGUCGCGAUGAAGACAAAGCCAAAAUCGAGGAGAAAUUCUUCCGUCCGCACAUUUGAUCCGUGUCGUCCUGAUUGUCAAAUAGAAUUCAAACCUCACAUUCUAAACGACUCUCCUCACGAUGCGUCGUGGUCUCGUCGGAAGCAUCACGCUUGCUCUACUUUGUGAAACUGUAGGAGAGCUUCGCUUGGCUGAAGUGCAGUGACAACCGAGAUCCAGUUUUUUUUCUCUCCAUAGAACGGACAGCAUUCUCAUUCUCAAGCUGUUUCUUGUCUGUCCUCAGGUUUGGUACCUUUUAAUGUAGCUGUCGAGCUGAUGCACUAGUCGCAGCAUCUAGCGGUGCUGCAUGUCGCUGUCAGUACUGAGGCGUAUUUCGUGUCGCGUGGGACUAUAUGCUACGAGUUAGAUUACUGGCUCCAACCAUGAAUGUCCAUCCAAGUUCUACUGCGUUAGCAUAGCAGAGUUAAGAUGACAAUUAUUGUGGAAAUAGAAUCACUUGAACACCAUGUGUUAAUGCGAUUGAUAACAGUAACCGAUUUAUUAGGCAUAGAACAACCUCGAUACGGAAUGACCUUGAUGUAGAAUUUUGGAAUCCAGCUAUUUCAGAGAUUCUUUUGCUGACAAAGAUUUGGUCGUCUUUAUUUCCUUGCGAUGUUGCAAACAAAUUCCUCAAAAGGCUGG